AUGGCACGAGAAGCUGAUGCACGAUUAUUUUUUCCUGACUGUGUGUUCUCUGAUGAAAAUUUCCAAGGCCGAUUUCGCAUGCCUAGACAUUUGGUGCUAAAGAUUAUUGGUGAGCUUUGUCAGGUAGAACCUCAAUUUAAUUAUCAGUAUGAUGCACUGAAUAUUAGGGGUCAUAGCCCUGAACAAAAGGUUACUUCGGCUUUGAGGAUUUUAGGAUAUGACAGACCUCUAGAUUCUAAUGAUAAGUACCUUCGCAUUGAUGUUAGAGAAAUAUUAAAGCAGAAUCAGGAAAGGGGAUUUCCUGGAAUGUCGGGUAGUCUUGACUGCAUGCAUUGGGUAAAUUUCAGUAUCAACGGGAAUCACAACACUCAUGGUUAUUAUCUUGCAGAUGGAAUUUAUCCAAAAUGGUCAACUUUAGUUCAAUGUUACCAUCAGCCACCUGCCGAUGAAAUGGGUCGUUCAUACUCGUUUUUCAAUAGUAAACAGAUGAAUCUGAGAAAGGAUGUGGAACGGGCUUUUGGAAUUCUGAAGCGGAAGUUCGCAAUCAUUUGUAGGCCUUAUCGUGGUUUAAGUGCUCGUGAAAUGCAUAAGACUAUGCUGACUUGCAUCAUUAUACAUAACAUGGUUAUCCAGGAGACUCGUCGUAAUAAGAAUUGGACUAACCAUCAAGAUGAAGACUUAAGACCUGAGAUUAUACCAUCUAGAGGAUUACCUGCAAGGAACUAUGCGCAAAUAACCAGUCAUAUUGAGAACAAAACUCUGUAUAACAGGUUGAGGGAAGAUCUCAGAGCGAAUCUAUGGGCUGAGUUUGGAAGAGAAGAGGGACAAAUUGAGUAG